UUCGCCCAUGCUUCGCUGCUGUGAUCAUACUGCAGUAGUGCCCUGGACAGCGACGGGUUGCAAGUAAUGUCAUUAACGCGUGUUUACGUCAAGUUUUAACGAUGUAGUUAGCAAAGACAAGGAAUAAAAUUUUUAUGUUCGUGUCAAGAGUACUGCGACAGCUUUGGAAAGCUACGAGUCCACUUCACUUUUUGGACGUUGUGGGUGACACUUCGCUCCUUAAGGCAGCAAGGAAAGGCCAUACAGUGAAAGUGGCAGUGGAAGGCAACAUUGGUUCUGGCAAGACGACUUUUCUUGAAGGUUGCCAGCAGUUUGUUGACACAACGGUACAGAUUGAACCAGUGAACAUAUGGAGAGAUUUACAAGGACAAAAUCUGCUGGAGCUGAUGUACAAGGAGCCGAAGCGAUGGAGCUUGGCAUUCCAGACCUAUGUUCAGCUGACGAUGAUGCAGUUGCACUUGGCACCUGUGCAGACUCCAGUAAAACUUAUGGAGCGAUCAUUGCACAGUGCACGUUAUGUCUUUAUCGAGAACUUGUACCGCAGUGGCCACAUGACAUCUCUGGAAUUGAGCAUCUUGGACCAGUGGUUUGGCUGGAUCAAUGAAAAUGUUGCUGUUGGAUUGGAUAUGAUAAUCUACUUGAGAACAAGGCCAGAAGUUGCAAUGUCCAGGAUCCAGAAACGAAAACGUCCUGAGGAGGCCCAACUUCCUUUCGAUUGGCUUUGUCAAGUUCAUGACCUUCAUGAAGAUUGGCUGCUUGGUCGCUCAAAGUUUCCACUGCCACCUAAGGUCUUGGUGAUAGAUGCUAACCAGGACUGCAUUGACAUCCAGCAAGAGUUUGCGCAGAACUUGCCCGACAUUCUGGGCCAGCACCACUUAUGUCAUGCCCCCUCGACUCAACAGCCUGUGUGACAUACCGCAUUCAUUGGUUUCACAUUAGCCAAGUUGUCCGGGCAUGUUUAGUCUGACAUCUGUUAAGUUGCAUCUUGUGCUGUGUGUUUGUUAGGAUGAUCAUGGUGGGCUGCAGGAAAUGCAUGUCAAAAUUAUCUGAUGUGUACAGCCACUGCUCAGCUGGUAGGUGUAACACAACAAUGUUUAAUUGGUAGCCUGCAUAUGAUGGUCUGCGUUGGCAACCUAAUUUUGCGAGCAGCAGUGUACCCCCAUUCCUACUAUGUGGAAUGUUGCUGUCUACUGUGACAGGGGAGCAUAACGAUACAUGCUCGGUUCGUUUUGUGCUUAUUAAAAUUGUGCUGUAAAGCAGUGUUUCGUUGCACAUAAGUAUCAUCACAGAACAGGGGCUUUGUACUGAAUUAUGACUCGCCACGUACCAUGACAUCUGAGCAUUGUGCCUCACUGCACUGACGGGCAUUUGCUGAUAUUGCCAUGUUCCUCAUGGGCACUCAUAAUCUACUGAAAGGCGACAAUUCGUCCGUUUCGGAAGCAACUUGCUGCAGAGUUUGUGUAAUGAGUCUCGUUAAUGCACUGAACAGGUAUGUUGUACCAAAUUGGCUUUGGCAAGAAAUUUAUUCGCUCACAAAGUACUUUCACCCCGUCCAGUUGAGCUUCUAUAACCGAUGGUGUGCAUUUGGAGUGGUAAUCUCAAACAUACUCAUCCAGACUAGGGCCCUGCUCUUUAGAUGAUGCCCUACCUUUAUCUGGACCUCUCCAUGUGUCAUUCUUCAUAAUUUAAGUGCAAAUUAAAGGGACUGGAAUUAUUGUGCUUCGGGCACUAUCAUUAAUUAAUACAGAAAAAGACAUUUGUGACCACCCUAUAAUUAACUGGCUGCACUAAACACUAAUUGAAAUACUAAGUAGGAGUUACAUGCGUUCAAUCUAGUGUAACUUGUGUUAGUAGAUACCUAUUUCCUAGCCGUUCAGUAUUCUUUACAUCAAAGGAGGAAAAAAUGCUCUCAUAAUAUGUAUAAGCAGACUUUCCUGAAGUCGACGUGUCUUUCUUCAGACCAUGGUUUUUGGUGAGGGGAAGUGGCUUAUAUUCAUGUUAGUGUAAUACAGUGCCAGCACCUAAUCUUCAUAGAGUUUGUUUUAGAUAACUUGGUUUGAAAUUCUGACUACAAGUGCUAUUUCUCUUGGUAGUAUACAGAUAAAAGUGGACUAGUAUCACAAAGCUAAUCUUUUAUGCCUUGUUCUAUUAUCAUUCGAUGCCUAGUCUAAAUUCACUAAGAUAAUGUAUUGUGCUUUGUUCCAUGGCUAUUAGAUGUCACUGUUUUUUAGUACAAGUUUUGCUGUGAUUAGUGCAUCACCUAAGCUGUCCAUAUAGGCAAGACUUGAGCAUUUAGUGCAGAAAGUGAGUCAAAUGUGUUGGUACUACAAUAUUUGUUUAUUGUAAUUAUAAUGUAUCAUUAUACCUGCAUUAAUUGAAAGUCUGGAAACGUUAGAGUGGUCCUCUGUAAGUGUAUGACAUGAUGUUUUCCUAAGAUGCUCUCAUGCAGUGUAUAUAGUAAAAAAAAUGGCCAGCCAUACUGAAACAAAAGUUCAGAAGUUGUUUAUGGCACUACAUAGAAACAGUGUCAAAACAGCAACUAAUAUGAACCAUUCAUCAUUGUCAAAGUUGUACGUAUGUACCAGAAUAACAGCUAGGUUGCAGUUUACACUUGCUUUCAAAAAUGUGCUGCCUUCAUUGUGGCUGACAUUAAAGAAGGUGUUAACAUCUUUUACAAAAUGUGUGUGAUUCUGACUUUCGCUAAACUUUGUUGCCAAGUAUGUAUGUUAAAAUGUCUUUCUGAGUUUGAAAAAAGUUUUACUUUACUGUGUCUUAAGGUAUGCUGCAUAAUUGGUAUUCUUGAUCUUAUUGUGGUGUGCUAUACUUUUAAAGUUUACCUAGUAGCAUAAGGCCGUUAUUAUCAACAUAAUUUGCAUUUUGUCAGCUAUGUUGCUGAACCACAAUAUCUGUUGCAGGUGGCUACAGUUAUUAUUUUUAAAUGUGUUUUUCAUUUCGUUGUGGAGUCAUACAUUCAAAGAAGUGAUGAGUUUUCAUGCACUGACUUCUAAUACAUUGGCAUUAGGAGUGUCAAAGUGGGAAAAAAAUUUUAUGUGUGAGAAGUGCGGGAAGCUGGUUGCGUGAUAUAUAUGUGAUAUAUAUACAUAUAUAUAUAUAUAUAUAUAUAUAUAUAUAUAGUGGCAGCAAUUAUAGUUGUUACUUCAUUAUAAUUUUUAAAGCUACGACAUUGUGUACUGUAUGUCAAUUGCUUCAGAAGGCAGUGAAAAAGCACCCCUUUGUGUACGAGGCAUAGUAACACUUUUAGUACUACCCACACUUGUGCUUUUGAUGCUGCAAAACCUUUAGUAUGCUUGUAAUGUGAAGCUUAGCCAUUGACACAUUUCACAGUAAACAGGUCAUGCCUCAACUACUCUUGGCUCUUGUACAAUGUCACUUAGCAUCAGCUGCAAGAGCCUGGGGGAACCAUGUUAUAAAUUGAUAGUCUUCUAAGUAAUGAUUGUGCCAUUUUUCUGGUGCACUUGUGGCAUCAGACUGAGAUGCAAGCCUCUUCAGUCUCUUGCAUAUUAUCUGCUUCACAACUCAAGCUAAUAUAGGCACGUGUUCAGGGCAUCAUUGUUGUUUAGAGCACUUGCGGAAGCACACGGGGAUCAUCACUAAUUUGCGGAUGUGUAGUGAUAAGGUGAUUUUCUUAUUUUUUUAUUGAACUAAAUAUUCAAGACACAUGCAUAAUCUACAGCUAAAAGAAAGAGAAUGCCUGACAAUGGCCGUAGCACCAAAAAUUAUACAUUCACACUCAGGUGGUGUCACGAAUUUCAGCAUUCCAGAAACAGGGACACGAUGCAAACAUAUUAAAAACCAUUUAUCUCAAGAAAGAAUUCUAACUAAGAAAACCAAACAAAGUAAUCUCACGCACCAUAAGUCCUAUACCCACACAAACAUACCUACCAAGUCUCCCGGGUACUUCUGGAUUUGGACCAUUUCUUCCGGUUGUACAGUUGACAGGAAAAUCUCCCGGAAAUUGCAGUUGUGUCCCGUUUCUCUCCGCAUCCAUCGUUUUGUCAGGCCACAUUGGCAAAAAGAAUCCAACCCAAGUAUAGGGGAACCCUAUACUUGCGCCAUUUCGUUAACCGCAGAGCCUCUCUUUACGCUGACGGGGUUGUUGGGUGCCCUAGUGGCCCUAGCCUCAUUAAGCUAGCGAGUGAAUACUGCGUUCUGUAACUAACAACACUUGACUCUCCAUCGUUCUCCUCGGCGUCGGCCGGUCUGGCAUUGCAUAGGCCUACGGUCAGUCGGCUUUAAAAGCAAGGAGUGCUAGCGCAAAAAGUGUCUUCAAGUAUUUUUAAUGCAGUGCUCAGGCCAAAGUGGCUUUGGGUAUUUUGUUGGUGCCACAGUGCAAUGCAGAGUGUGAACGGCAAUUUAACAUUGGGAGAAAUACGAGGACGCAGUGCCGCUCAUCCAUGUGUCGCUCGUCUAAGGCGCUGGGAAACUUCAUCCUCGCAAAAUGUGAAGGAUGAAAUUUCUUACAAUCAAACAUUAUCUGAAGAAUUUUUGAACACCCGCUGUGGUUACUUAGUGGUUUUGGCAUUGCACUGCUAAGCACGUGCGCCUCGGCCGUAGCGGCCGCAUUUAGUUGGGGGCGAAAUGCAAAAAUGCCCGUGUGCCGUGCAUUGAGUGCACAUGAAAGAACCCCAGGUAGUCGAAAUUAAUCCGGAGUUCCCCACAACAGCGUGCCUCAUAAUCAGAUGGUGGUUGUGGGACGUAAGACUCGAAAUUUUAAUUUAAUUUGAAAGUAUUGUCGAAGACAGAAUUUGCAACAAAGAAACGCUUGCAAAAGUGAGAUAUUGACGUUCAUGUGGUCAUUUGUACAUCUGUAAAUAAAAUUGUAAUGAAUGUCUCCUGUCUGAACUUGAAGAUGUAAACCUCGGGGGGGGGGGGGGGGGGGGGGGGGGUGUAACCGACUCACUCCCUCCCGUCGGACUUUCGUCGAACUUGGCAGGUAUGCACAAAAAACUCCCAGAACUAGCUAUAUACAUAGAGAAAAAACUAAACCUCAACUAUAUACUGUUCUUCAGCUUGACUAAACAAGUAUAACAAGGAGCCACUAGAAAUUGAGCGUUCCGACCAUCACCAGUAGUGGUGGAAGUAGGCUCGGUGUUGCACAAGACGCCGGCCUCCGUAGUUCUGAUGCGGCGUAGGUGUCGACCUUCAUUGCAAGUGGGGUGGUGGCUCUCUGUUGAGACCAGCGUGGCACAGGAUGCGGUCUUGGCCAGUCGGGCAUCAUGCCGCUGAAGUGGGCAGGCGGUUGCCUUUGUGGCACUGAGCAGUGGCCGGUGAUGGAAGCGUGGGGCUGGACCGGGUUCUUGGAGCAAGGCCACGGCGAUGUAGCCGGGGCUCAAGACCUGGAUCCACUGCCGGCCAUCUCCAGGUCAUCUCAUCUCUGGUCUGGGUCCCCGAAGCUGCUCCUUCCUGUCUUCAGAGCACAGCUGGAGAUACGUCUGGCCUGUUCAAAGUCCAUGUCAGCAGUGGCCCACUAAACCGCCUUCGCCUUCUUUUUCUUCUCUCGCGCUUUACGCAGCAUGUGUCCCAAUUCAUUCCCUUUUUGUCUUCUUUUAUUAAGUGCUCCCAACUUCGUUUCGCUGACCGGCGUUGUCGUCGUAGUCUUCACAUGCACCUUCGCGUCUUUUUCGCUGCACGUGUUUAGCCCUGUCACUCACGACAGGUGGACAACAGCAGAAGCAAGGCAAUCAGGUACUAGCUUAUGAAUUCAAGAAAAAGAAUGUGAGAUAGUUUAAAUAUAAUAGAUCAUUAUCAUCAUCAGCCUAUAUUUAUGUCCACUGCAGGACAAAGGCCUCUCCCGGCGAUCUUCAAUUCUUGCGCUAGCCAAUUACAACUUGGGCCUGCAAAUUUCGUAACUUCAUCAGCCCACCUAACUUUUCUGCCAGCCUCAACUGCGUUUCCCUUCUCUUGGCACCCAUUCUGUAACUCUAAUGGUCCACUGGUUAUCUACCCUACGCAUUACAUGGCCUGCCCAGCUCCACUUCUUUCUCUUAAUGUCAGCUAGAAUAUUGGCUAUCCCCGUUUUCUCUCUGAUCCACACCGCUCUCUUCCCGUCUCUUAACAUUAGGCCUAAUAUUUUUUGUUUCAUCGCUCUUUGUGCGGUCCUUAAUUUGUUCUCGAGCUUCUUUGGUAACCUCCAAGUUUCGGCCCCUUAUGUUAGCACCGGUAGAAUGCCAUGAUUGUACACUUUUCUGUUCAAUGACAGUAGAUAUUGGCUUCAAAAUAAAAAGCAGUAGUGUGGAUAUACUACAUAAGUCAAAUUCAUGCAGUAAAGUGAUAUACACAUGACAUGUUCAACUUCAAAAGAUGUGAAUACGUCCACUGCAGUCAGACCCACCAAGUGCUCCCCAUGCAGGACGGCAAGAACUGCAGGUGUGGAGGUGCCAGCAAAUGUGUAGCACUGGAGUGAACUUGUAUCUGAUCAGAAAUUUAUUAUACUCUUAUCAGUUAGCUGUUAUCAGUUAUAUCACUACUUAUGAUUUCGAUUCUAAAAAAAAAUUGUCGAAAUAAAAGUGGACACAGAAAAUACUGUUUGGAUAAUUUUUGUCUAUAAAGAAAUGGAAUUUUGGAAUUUCAAGUUCAAGGAGGUUGCGACUGGCGACCAAAAAGCGUCUGAAGGCGACCAAUGCUCACACUGGCGAGUGCAAUCGGCCAUUCGCCAUCUGCUCACAAUUGCAUCGCCAUGAAAAAAAAAAGUAUCGGCGUAUACAGACAUCCUGUUCCUGCGUGCCUGAUUGGUUCAGCAGUUUUGCGACUGCGGUCACGCGACUGAAAAAAAUAGAGCAGCAAGUGACUGGCCCAAAAUAGUUGCUUAUCCAGAAAAGCGACUAUUUGUGACUAUUUCAGACUUGUUGCACGACCACUGUCAGUCGCCAGAGUGAACAAGCCUUUAAAUGAUUUAGCAGGGAUGAUAUCUGAGAUGUUAGCAACUGCAUUCCAUAGUGUGUCUAAGCUUGUGGUAUCCCAAUCCAAUCAAAGAAUUCUGCAAAUUGUAUAGAGUGAAUUUAAAUUGAAAUAUGUGUCGUCAAAAUUUAACUGUUUGCACACCUUUGUUUACAUGCGUCUAUUGCAAGUCUCUGUAGAAACAAUUGUUCAAUAGGCAGUAUGUUCAGUUCUACAAAAUGAAGGCUUUGUUUAUUCAAGGUGAAAGAUGUGCAAGUACAGCCUGCCAAGUUACUUCCAUAUAUGAAGUGAUGUUACUCAUAAAUAAUAAACAUAUGUAAGCGAGUGCUGCGUGCACUUCUGGCUGCACUUGCAUAAUGCAGCCAUAGCAAUUGCAGGAAUUAAGUGGGCCUAUGUUUUAUUAU